CCGAUUGUUGGACCUGGAACAGGCUGUACCAGGACCAGCUGCUGGGGCUUCUAGCAGUGCACCCUCUUGCCGCCAACUGGAGGACUGCGUUGACCACAUAGUGGCAAUGCUCGGCGACAUCAGCACUUUCGCUGCGCCGACCACCACCAUCAGCAGUCAGCUGCAUACAUUGAAGACCGAGGUCCAGCAGCUGCAGACGACGAACGCAAAUGACAAUCUGAAGAUGUAUAAGAUGCCAACGUUCACUCUGGAGAAGUUCGACGACUACACGCAGCAGGAUCCGGUCCUCUGGUGGGAAGCAUUCACAACGAAACUCAGGAUUCUGCCCGUAGACAAGCAUGCGUACAUCGGCGCCCUGUUCCUGAACUCAAAGGGCGGAUGCCAGACCUGGUUGACCCACCUGGCAACCUCCCACGGCGUCGAUGUACCAGACUUGAAGGAAGUAAUCACAUGGGAGGAACUGACACGGCUGUGGAAAAAGCGGUUCAUCGUCGACGACGCGCCAGCACUCGCCAUGUGGAGCAGGUACGAUCUGGUCUGCGACAGCAGCACUUCGCUGCAGUCCUGCAGGACAGUGGAGAUAACCCAGCAGCCACUCCAGCAUCAAGUGACGGAGAUCAGGUGGCUACCGCAAAGCACCAACAAGUCCCGCAACAAUGGGAAGGCGAAAUCCGCAUCGCAGGCCGGAAAUGGACAACCAGGACAGUUUCCAUGGGUCAAGUUUGGCUUAACUGAGGCGGAGUACAAGCUCGAGAAACUGAGCUCCACGGAAGUACCAGCUCCGUUGAUGGACGCCGGAGUAGAGGUUGUCGACCUUCACGUUUACAUCGCGAAGAUCGACCGCGAGUUCAAGACGCAACGCUGCCGCGUGGUAUCCGCCGCAAGCAUGCGAGCUUCCAUCAUCAGAGACGACAUCGAGGAGAUGGGGGUGUGUUUUCUCCACGCCCUCCCGCCACAUGACGCUUCAUCGACGGACUCACCUUCGAAUCCACGCAUCAUCGAACUUCUCGACGCCUACAGCGACGUGUUCGAAGGCCCGCACGUAGUAGUACCGGAUCGACCCAUCCGCCACGAGAUCAUCCUCGAGGACGGGGCCGUACCUCCGCGCGGAUGCAUCUACCGAAUGAGCGAGGAAGAGUUAAGUGUGCUUCGGGCACAACUCGACGACCUUCUAGAGAAAGGCUGGAUUCGGCCUAGCUCAUCGCCAUACGGUGCUCCUGUUCUCUUCGUCCGGAAGAAGAACAAGGACCUGCGGUGGUGCAUCGAUUAUCGCAAGCUCAACGUGCAGACGAUCAGGAAUGCCGCCCCUCUCCCACGCAUCGACGAUCUUCUCGAGCGAUUGGGCGGCGCCCAGUUCUUCUCUAAGCUAGAUCUCAAGUCAGGGUACCACCAACUCGAGAUUCGCAAGGAGGAUCGCUACAAGACCGCGUUCAAGACACGGUAUGGGCAUUUCGAAUGGCUGGUCAUGCCAUUUGGCCUUACGAAUGCCCCAGCCACUUUCCAAGCGGCUAUGAUGACGGAGUUCCGACACAUGCUGGAUCGUUUCGUACUCAUCUAUCUCGACGACAUUCUGGUUUACAGCCGGAGUCUGGACGAGCAUGUGGAACACCUGCGCACCGUUUUGGAGCGGCUACGACAGGCCAAGUACAAAGCAAACCGCGACAAGUGCGAGUYYGCACAGCAGGAGCUGGAGUACUUGGGACACUAUGUGACGCCGCAAGGCAUCCGUCCGCUUGCGGACAAGAUCGAGGCCCUAYGAGUAUGGCCCGAGCCCACCAACACCACGRACRUUCGUUCAUUCAUGGGGUUGGCGGGCUACUAUCAGCGAUUCAUCACCRGAUACACCAGGAUUGCUGCACCUAUGACGAGGUUACAGUCGCCAAAGGUGCCAUUCGUAUUCGAUGACGACGCACGCCGGUCAUUCCAAGCACUUAAGAUGGCUAUGCUCAUGACACCCGUCCUUAGCAUCUAUGACCCCACCCUGCCGACGCGAGUGACUACGGACGCUUCCGGCUAUGGCAUUGGGGCAGUCUUGGAACAGCACGACGGCGACGACUGGCACCCUGUGGAGUAUUUCAGCCACAAAGUGCCUCCCAUCAACUCACUUGAUGAUGCAAGGAAGAAGGAGCUUCUCGCAUUCGUGAUGGCUCUCAAACGUUGGCGGCACUUUCUCCUUGGGCACCGUAGGUUCACAUGGAUCACAGACAACAAUCCAYUGACCUACUACAAGACGCAGGACACGGUGAGCAGCACGAUCGGACGAUGGAUGUACUUCAUCGACCAAUUUGACUUCACACCAAAGCAUGUCCCCGGCCUCUCCAAUCGCGCAACAGAUGCACUCUCGCRAAGACCUGRUCUUUGCGCUAUGACACAUCAUGCCUUCGCAUUCGACGAAGAGCUUCAGCGACACUUCAUCCGGGCAUAUCAGUCUGAUCCGGACUUCGGCACGCUCUAUGCACAGCUAUCUUCGGAUCACUCGCCAGCCAGCCAUUACCGCAUUGCCGACGGGUUCUUGCUCCUCCACUCGAGAGGCAAGGACUUACUAUGUGUCCCACGCGACCGUCGUCUUCGGAUUCGCCUCCUCGGCGAGUACCAUGAUUCACGACUCGCUUGCCAUUUCGGAGUCAACCGCACUAUUGCACGGCUUCGACAGCGAUUCCGAUGGCCCAACCUCAUUACCGAUGUCACUCGGUAUUGCGACUCUUGCGAAGUUUGCCGACGCAGCAAGCCCCGCAACUGCAAUCCCUACGGCGAGUUACACCCGAUGCCUAUCCCACGGGAACCCGGUCUCUCGAUUGCCAUGGACGUCACCGGUCCGUUUCCUCGCGACCAGCUCGGGCACGACGGCAUCCUCACGGUUGUGGACUGAUUGAAAGACAUUGUCAGCGACCGCGACACUCAUUUCAUGUCGGUGUUUUGGACUGCUCUCAUGCAAGAGUCUGGCACAACAAUGAAACCAAGUUCGGCUC